CAGUCGGAUAACAAUCGUUUUGCUAUUCCUUUUGAGAGGCUAAUAUUGUACUCUUACGUUACAGUAUCAUUUCGACUCGUUUUGAACUCUUAUGUUGACACUUGGUUUUAAUCAUCCAGAAUGGGGUACACGGGAUUUUCGGUUUUUACCUUUUUGUUCCGUUUGGCUUUUUGUCAUUGCCUGAUGCGCAUCAGCAAUGGAGACUUGAGCUAUUCAAUUCCAGAGGAGAUGAAGCGCGGAUCUGUGAUCGGAAAUCUAGUUAAGGAUCUGGGGCUGGAUGCUAAGAGACUUUCAGGUCGUAAAGCUCGUUUGGAUAUGGAUGGCAGUCGUCAACGUUACUGUGACAUUAAUGUGAAUACUGGAGAAUUAAUUGUGGCUGAAACAAUAGACAGGGAGGAGCUGUGUGGACCGAAGGUUUCUUGUUCUUUAAAAUACGAGCUUGUGCUGGAAAAACCUCUGGAAUUACAUCGUAUUAAUGUGCAAGUCCAAGAUAUAAAUGACAAUUCACCACGGUUUCCCAAUGCACGUAUUGAUCUAGAAAUUCGGGAAUCUGCUGACAAAGGCGCAAGAUAUCCCUUGGAUGAACCUCAUGACUCUGACAUAGGAUUAAAUGGUAUACAAAGCUAUUCACUGGAGAGGAAUGCCUAUUUUAUUUUGGACGUUCAAACGAGCUCAGACGGAGGAAAAUAUGGCGAGUUAGUGUUAGAAAAAGAGCUAGAUCGAGAACAACAACAAGAGGUGACGUUGUUACUUACUGCUGUUGAUGGCGGGACUCCGCAGAGAUCUGGUACUGUAGUUAUACACGUCACUGUGUUGGAUGCUAACGAUAAUAAACCUGUGUUUAGUCAGACAGUGUAUAAAGUCCGUUUGCCUGAAAAUUCUCCAACCGGGACUGUUGUAGUUGCAGUUAGUGCUAGUGAUGAAGACGAGGGAGCAAAUGGAGAAGUAUCAUAUGAGUUCAAUCGCAUUUCCGAUAAAGCAGCUAAACUGUUUUCCAUCGACAAAAAGACUGGCGAGAUUAAAGUGCAGGGUCCCAUAGAUUAUGAAGAAAAUACAGAAUACGAAGUGCGUGUCCAGGCUAAAGAUGGGUCUGGCUUAGCUGGCAAUGCAAAAGUAAUGAUAGAAAUCACUGACUUAAAUGACAACGCACCAGUGAUAUUGAUCAAAUCCUUUAACAAUCCCAUCCCUGAGAAUGUGUUACCUGGUACAGAGGUGGGGAUCAUAAAUGUACAAGAUGAAGAUUCAGAGGGAAAUAGACAGGUCCGCUGCUCCAUUCAACAAAAUGUUCCUUUCAAACUAAACCCGUCUAUCAAAAACUACUAUUCUCUGAUAACAACAGGUGAACUGGACCGUGAGAUAAUAUCAGAUUAUAACAUAACUAUCACCGCCACUGACGAGGGGACUCCACCUUUAUCCUCCUCAAAGACUAUUAAUUUAUCUGUGUCAGACGUGAACGACAACCCACCAGUGUUUGAAGAACAAUCAUACAGCGCCUAUGUGACUGAAAAUAACACGCCUGGCUCCUCAAUAUGUUCGGUUACUGCCAGAGAUCCAGACUGGAGACAGAACGGUACGGUGGUCUAUUCUCUAUUGCCCAGUGAGGUCAACGGUGUUCCGGUGUCCUCAUUUGUAUCCAUUAACGGAGACACGGGGGUGAUCCACGCUGUGAGAGCAUUUGAUUAUGAGCAGUUCAGGAACUUCAAAGUCCACGUUGUUGCCAGAGACAAUGGUUCUCCUCCACUCAGCAGUAACGUGACAGUGAGUGUCUUCAUAACAGAUGAGAAUGAUAACUCUCCCCAGAUAUUAUACCCUGCUCCAGCAGGGAACUCCUUGAUGACUGAGAUGGUCCCCAAAGCUGCUCUGGCUGGGUCCCUGGUUUCCAAGGUGAUAGCUGUGGAUGCUGACUCUGGACAGAACGCGUGGCUUUCAUAUCACAUCGUGAAAUCGAUUGAUCCGGGACUUUUCACUAUUGGUCUCCACAGUGGAGAGAUCAGGGCACAGCGCGACAUUGCUGAAUCUGACAGUAUGAAGCAGAACCUUGUUAUAUCAGUGAAAGAUAACGGACAGCCCUCUCUCUCUACAACCUGUGAUGUAUAUUUACUCAUAUCAGAUAACUUGGCUGAAGUUCCAGAACUGAAAGACAUGACUUAUGAAGAUAGUUCCAAACUAACUUCCUAUUUGAUCAUCGGUCUGGUCUCUGUCUCCACCUUUUUCCUGACAUUCAUUAUUCUCAUCCUGGCCGUGAGGUUCUGCCGCAGUAGAAAGCCUAGAAUGUUGUUUGAUGGAGCAGUCACCAUUCCCAGCGCGUAUUUCCCUCCCAACUAUGCAGAGGUGGAUGGAGCUGGAACUCUGCGCAGUUCUUACAAUUAUGACGCAUACCUGACAACGGGCUCACGCACCAGUGACUUUAAGUUUGUCAGAUCUUACAAUGACAGCACGCUGCCUGCUGAUCAGACACUGACAAGAUGUCCAGAUACAUUAUUAGAAGGGAGUAUCAUCACGCUCAACACUGCAGGAGAGGUGAAUGAGCAAAAACCACCCAACAAUGACUGGCGCUUUACCCAGCAGGGACAGAGACCCGGACCCAGUGGCACGUACAGGUACAGCACCAGCACCCAGCAGAGAUGGACACCGUACAGCAAGGCGAGAGCUGGCCCCCAUCCUGACGGGGCAGGUGGUGCUAUAGUUGGAACAGGACCCUGGCCCAACCCCCCCACUGAGGCUGAACAGCUCCAGGCUCUGAUGGCUGCUGCCAACGAGGUGAGUGAAGCGACAGCAACCCUUGGCCCCCGCUACAACGCCCAGUUCCCCAUGCAGCAUGUGCCCGAUUACCGCCAGAACGUCUACAUCCCCGGCAGCACGGCCACCCUGACAACCAACCCCCAGCAGAUGAUGCCCCAGCCGGCCCUGCAGGGCCCGCCUCAGGCCAUACCCCAGGUCGAUGUCCCCAACGCUGCCCAGACCCCCGCCAGCAAGAAGAAGACCACCAAGAAGGACAAGAAGUAAGCCAAGCUAACACCAAGCCCCAUCGCCACAUAAACCAAGACCCUGACCCCCAUACUGCCGAGUGUCUUCCCUCAUUGGAAGCCUUGAUCUUUGUUUUUCUUAUGCUAUUCAAUCUGAUAGUUCAAUCUGAUAGUCCCAGAAUUUUGGAUGUUUGUGAGCAUAUGUCACUUUGCAAAUGUUUGUAAUGGGCAACCGCUGUACUUCUAGCUUCUAUGGUCAUCACAGCUUACUUCAGGCAGAGGUUAUUGGUGUGUUCUAUGUGGGGUGGGAGGGGGAGGAAGAUUACAUUAGAUUUAUAUUGGAUCCAGAUGGAUUUCAGGGACCUGGAAUUCAUGUAGUGACCUAGCUCUGUAUUAUAGCAUUCUAAGGAAAAUCAAAAAAACUAAAAAAAACUAUCUGAUGGUUUGUUUUAUUAAACCGUUCGAUGUUUCUCUAAAAUGCCAAGUAGUUCUGCUUCUUAUGGUGACACGGAUUACGCGUACACCUUGUUAGGUUUCUUUAGAGAACUUGCUUUAGCUCUUUUUAAAGGAUGAAAUAGACAAGACAUGCAUGAUUCAUCCUGAAGAUGAAGAACCACUGAAGAUGAGCCUACACUAACAUACAUUUAAAAAAAGAGGCUAGCUUAACUUCAUCAGGAAAGUACCAAUGUCAUGAGAAUGGAUACUGUAGCAUUAACAACUUAAAACGCCUGUAAGGUUCAAUGUAGUUAUAUGACUAGCAAGCAAAAGAACGGAUGCUCAUUUAAUGUUACUUACAAUGGUGACCAUCAAAGUAUAUCCAGCUGCUUUUUAAAAUCUUGCCCAAGCAGGAUUCUGUGGUUAUUUACAUUACCCGAGCCACGAUUGUCACCUUUUUCCAUCAUUAUUGGUAGAAUCCCGUAGAGUGGCAUUAAAGCAUAACUUUGUUCAUAUAAUGUAACAUUGUAAAGAUGGAUCAGUGUUUUAUUAACUUAGAACCAACAUUAUUUAGAUAUUAUAUCAGCGUUGUUUUAACGUUGUAUCAACAUUAUGCCGGGCUGGCCCAGUGUGAUUGGCUCUGCACUGUGGGUUUCUCUAAGGCUCAUAGACAGUCCUGCGACCACGCCCCCAGGGUUGGGUGUGUGGUAAGGACAGAGGAGGGGAAAGGGUGAACAGUCUCUGUCCUCUUGCCACAUGUACAGUAUCUCUCCGGCUAUGACAGCCGGUAAAUGUGCUCUCAUCACCUCUUCAGUUCACAGUCUUUAUUCCUUAGUUCUCUAGGAGAACCUUGACCAGACCACAUGUUCAGUACACUACAACUCCAGGCACUGUAGGAUGUUCUGUAUGGACCGUUUACAGAAUCCUAUGGAUAAGCCUUGUUGCGGAGUUCAGGGCCAUAUCAGGACCAUGGACAGAGACCAUCUCUAUCUCCACUUCUAGCAGCAGUCUGGGGCACAGAUAAUAUUUUCAGUCCAUCCUUUAACCUGCCAAAACCCCAGAUGCACAGACACCCUGCCCCCAUGUAAAUAAGACACAUAGCCAGUCUGUAUGAAUCUUAGAGAGACACAUCACUCUCUCACCACAACCACACAGCUGGCUAGUACUGGAAUGUUUUGAAUAUUUUUCAACAAAAAAAGAUGUGUUUCAGAUGAAAUGUAGUGGUGUAGUGACUAAGAGUUGAGCUGACUGAUUUAACCGAGCUGUAAAUAAAACUAAAACUUUCAACAGACAGUCGUAGCUAGAGGCUUGUGAAAUUUGUCGUGCAUAUUUUUGUGUUUUCUCUCUAUCGCAUUCUUUCUUUGGUCACUCCAAACUUUAAAGUGUAACACUCAACACCUAAAUGUCUUUAAAGUGUGAUUCCAAUUCCCUGUACCUCUUCCUGUGUUUGUGAUUUGAAUCAAUUGUUUAUGCUAAUGGAAUGCCACCCUUGCUCAUAUGGAUAUAAAUAUAUAUGCAUCUUCCGCUGGAAUAGUCCUCUGUAUUCUAUUGUAUUAUCUUUCCUAUUAAAUUGCUUAGCGCUUCUCCCUGUUACACUCUUAUUUUAUAUGCUAAUAUUUAUAUCGCUGUUUAUUUGUUUGUUUUUGUUUACUCUUUGAACACUGACAUUUCCAAAUAAAAAUGUAUUCUAAAAUCA